AUGGAUUUGGCAGCUGUUCUUUUGCUAUUAACGAGUGUGUGCUCUUCGGCGUUGGCUGGGCUUGACUCACAAGAAGAUGCACUGUAUGCGUUGAAGUUAUCACUGAAUGCUUCUCCGAACCAGCUUACAAACUGGAAUAAAAAUCUAGUUGACCCUUGUACUUGGUCCAAUGUUGAAUGUGACCAGAAUAACAACGUUAUUCGAGUUUCACUAGAAUUUAUGGGAUUCACAGGAUCGUUGACACCAAGAAUAGCAUCUCUAAAAAGUCUUGCAACUCUUUCUUUGCAAGGAAAUAACAUCACUGGUGACAUACCAAAAGAAUUUGGAAAUCUGACAAGCUUAAUCAGAUUGGAUUUGGAAAACAACAAAUUAACUGGUGAAAUACCAUAUUCCCUGGGUAAUCUUAGAAAGCUUCAAUUCUUGACAUUGAGUCAAAACAAUUUCAAUGGGACUAUUCCGGAAUCACUUGCCACUCUCCCAAGCUUGAUCAAUGUUAUGCUAGAUUCAAAUGAUCUUAGUGGGAAGAUUCCGGAGCAGUUAUUCAGCAUCCCUACGUACAAUUUCACUGGAAAUAAUUUGAAUUGUGGUGUUAGUUAUCAUCAUCUUUGCUCAUCUGAUAAUGCAGAGCAAGGUCCAUAUCAUAAAACAAAAAUAGGCCUCAUAGUUGGAAUAGUUACAGGUUUAAUUGUUAUUCUUUUUCUCGGUUGUCUGCUGAUCUUCUGGUACAAGGGGUGCAAGCGUGAAAUUUUUGUAGAUGUUCCAGGGGAGGUCGAUCGCCGAAUUACAUUUGGGCAAAUAAAAAGAUUUUCCUGGAAAGAACUCCAGAUUGCUACAGACAACUUCAGUGAGAAAAAUAUCUUAGGACAGGGAGGAUUUGGAAAGGUUUAUAAAGGUAUUCUAGCGGAUGGUACAAAAAUUGCUGUCAAAAGGUUAACUGAUUAUGAAAGUCCUGCGGGGGAUGCAGCUUUCCAGCGUGAAGUUGAGUUGAUAAGUGUAGCUGUCCAUAGGAACCUGUUACGACUCAUUGGUUUUUGUACUACUCCAACUGAACGCCUCUUAGUUUAUCCCUUCAUGCAGAACUUAAGUGUUGCCUAUCGUCUACGAGAACUCAGACCUGGGGAACCCGUUUUAGAUUGGCCUACUAGAAAGCGAGUGGCUCUGGGAACAGCCCGUGGCCUAGAAUAUCUUCACGAGCAGUGCAAUCCUAGGAUUAUUCAUAGGGAUGUGAAGGCAGCUAAUAUAUUACUAGAUGGAGAUUUUGAAGCAGUUGUUGGUGACUUUGGUUUGGCAAAAUUAGUUGAUGUUCGAAAUACUACCGUGACAACUCAAGUUCGUGGGACAAUGGGUCAUAUAGCUCCAGAAUACUUGUCCACUGGAAAAUCUUCAGAAAGGACUGAUAUUUUUGGUUAUGGGAUUAUGCUUUUGGAGCUUGUUACAGGUCAACGUGCAAUUGACUUUUCACGUUUGGAAGAGGAAGAUGACGUGUUAUUGCUUGACCAUGUUAAGAAACUGCAACGGGAGAAAAGACUAGAGGUUAUUGUGGACUGCAACCUUAAGAAAAACUACAACAUAGGAGAGGUUGAAAUGAUUGUACAAAUUGCAUUACUCUGCACACAAGCAUCACCAGAUGAUCGUCCAGCAAUGUCAGAAGUUGUAAGAAUGUUAGAGGGAGAAGGGCUAGCUGAAAGAUGGGAAGAAUGGCAGCAUGUGGAGGUUGCUACGAGGCAAGAUUACGAGAGACUACAAAGAAGAAUGAACUGGGGAGAAGAUUCAAUUAAUAACCAAGAUGCCAUUGAGCUGUCAGGAAGAAAUAGAUCUCCUUCUCUACAGCUGGUGCUUACUAAUGCUAGUGAAUGA